AUGUCCAAGGAACAACAUGGCGACGGCGACGCUGCGGUGCCUCCCAUCGAGCACGCCCGCGAUUGGAAUGGCCCAGAUGACCCGGACAACCCUCGUAACUUCAGCCUUCUCCGCCGAACACUGUCGACCAUCGCCAUUAUGUUCCUGGCGUUCGUCAGCACCUUCGCCGCCGCCAUCUACAGCGCAGGAAUCACCGGCGUAACGCAAGACCUGCACGUCUCCGAAGAACUCGCUAUCCUCCCGCUGUCCCUCUUCUCCGUCGGCCUGGCCUUGGGACCAUUAAUCGGCGCACCUCUCUGCGAGACUCUAGGCCGCAAAGUCGUCUUCCUCACCACAACACCUAUCUUCGCCCUCUUCACCUUGGGAGCUGGCUUUAGCUCCUCCAUCCCUUCCUUGACCGUCUGCCGCUUCUUCGCCGGCCUCUUCGCCGCUCCAGCCGUCGGCAACGCCUCCGCGACCAUCAUCGAUUACACAGCUGGUCGCUACAGAGCAAUCACCAUGGCGUUCUACUAUUCCAUUCCACAGCUGGGCGCCGUCUUCGGUCCCCUCGUCGGAGGCUUCGCCGCCAACGGGAAGGACUGGCGCUGGACGCAAUGGGUCAUCAUCUUCUUCAUCGUGGCUUUCUACAUCCCAAUCAUCUUUACGCGGGAGACGUACAAGAAGACUAUCCUCCAGCGGCGAGCGAAGCGGUUGAACAUCCCUGGGCCUCCGAAGGAAGACCUGGCUCCUCUACCCUUUUUGCGGCACUUCGUGCGCACACAGCUCAUUCGACCACUGCACAUGCUCUUCACGGAACCGAUCGUUACGCUAGUGUGUCUUUACUCCGGCUUUCUGUUUGGACUCCUCUAUCUCUUCAUCGUCGCCUCACCCUGGGUCUACCGCCACUACUACGCCUUUACCCCAACCGGAAUAAACCUCUCUUUCCUCGGUCUCGGCGCAGGCGUAGCGAUCGCUCCGCUGCCGCUGAUAGCGAUAGAUCACUACAUCUACCAACCCCGUCUGGCCCGACACCUCGCCUCCCACGAACCAGACGAGCCAUUUCCGAGCGAAAACCGCCUCUUCGGCGCCAUGACUGCAGCAUUCGUCCAACCCGCCGCUCUGCUCGGAUUCGCUUGGUCAGUCCGGCCGGAGGUCCAUUGGAUCGUGCCAAUCCUCUUCCAAACCCUGACCAUGCUUGCAUCGGUAAUGAUCUACAGCUCCGUGAAUCUAUUCAUGAUGGACACCUACGGCGCUCUCUACGGUGCCUCAGCGGCGGGGGCGUCGAUGAUGAGUCGAUACAUCAUUUCAGCGGCAUUUCCGCUGUUUGCGCUGCAGCUGUAUCGAGGCCUGGGGGUGGGUUGGGCGACGAGUCUGUUGGCUUUCUGUACGUUGGCAAUGGCGCCGAUACCAUUGUUGUUUUAUCGAUGUGGGGAGAGACUGAGGGGGAGGACGAAGUAUGAGACUAGUACUUGA